AUGACGAAAACGAACGCGUUCGAAGGCGACGAGUUUUCUUUGACGAAACAUUUCGUUUCCGCAUCGUCCUCGCGAAGAGAAGGCGGAGGAGAAAACUUUAGUAUUAAGGGAAACGGAGACGACGGAAAACCACCGGCUUCUUUCGAAGAAGAAGAGCACGAUGAUGACGACGGCGAGUACGAGUACACGGAUUAUUAUUCUCGCGAAGAGAGAGUUAAUGAUGAUAACGAUGAUUAUGAUGAAGAGGGAGAGAUGCUGUUCGAGCGUUCCGCCCACGGCGUCCAACUGAUAGACGGGAAGCGAGAAAAAAUGAUGCGAGAGAAACACCGAACGACGGAUAAAGAUGUAGUGGAACGGUACAUGUACACGGACGGUGAUAAGGAGAGUGGAAGGAAACAUUCUAUGAUUGGUCCUUUGUUACCGUGGAGAUUCGAUAGUUUCGGAAACCAGCUGACGCUGGACGAGAUACGAAGAGGUAUCGGCGCGGAUGAGGAGAAGAGGAAGGAGGAGCUGGAGAAGAGCAUGGCGCAGAGAACGUUUAAGAUUGAUCAUUUGCAAGGAAGAGUGAAGAGGAGUAGUAAUAGUGGAGGAGGGGAAGAAGAGGAGAAGAGGAGAAUACCGAAGGUAUCGCUGACGAAAGUGAGAAGAAAAACUUUACGAUGGACGAAACGCGCGAUGGAAUUGGUAUUGCGAGACGUGAGGAAGUUACAGUUUCCGACGGAUUGCGACGAGAGUAAGCUUUUGAUCGUACCUUUGGAACAGUGUCCGCUGGGGUGUCGAUUGCAUAUUUAUUUGCAGCGCGCGUUAGUUUUAGCGACGAGUUUAGAGAGAACUUUAGUUUUUUUACCGCCGUGGGAUUCUGGUAUGGACCAUUUGUUCAUGCCGCUGACCAAGUGCACUUUGAGGACGGGCGAGAAGAAUAGUCCGAAGAGAGAAAUUAGGGUAAAAUUAGCGACAGCUAUUGAAGUUUUGGGACCAAUUAUGUUCCCAAGCACCUCACACGGCGCGCCGCACGAAAAAAUAAACAAGUUUGUCGAAACGGUUCGCGACGCGGUGGAAGGUUACGACCAAUCCGAGUGGUUUUCCUUUUCGCACGUGGAACGGAUAAAAAAGGUGACCGAGAAAAUUCGCGAUUUGAUCGAUCGAACCGUCGAGGAAAGUAAGGAGAGUCGAGAACCAAUCGUAUUUGAGCGUGGAAAUGAAGAUUCGCACAGGGAAAACGUGGUAAACGCGGCGAUGACGUUCGUUAUGCACACGUGUCCGAACCUUUUGUUCAAUUUCAGAGACGAAGAUGUGAACGAAGAGUUGUUGAAAGGAUAUCAGGACGCUAUCAUUUGCCACAACGGUCGAUGCGAUGGCGUGGACAUUGAGUUACUUGGCGAUUCUUUGCCCGAAGGAUUUGAUCCCGAAACGUUAAAUUCGCAAAUACCUGCAUCCGUUUGGCGGAGUAUUCGCUCGGAGUUGGCCGCCGGCGUCGCGUCGAAAGCGAACCGAGAGAUGAGCGAAUCGGAGUGGCGCAGCAAACGCGACGAGUUUGAGCAACGAAUCAAUCGUCGAGGCUAUUCAAGCGCAUUCGAAAACGAAGGUGAAAUUGCCGAAGAGUUUCUUAUUCGCACGUUUAAUCCGUACGAGAACCUUCCGUUACCCGGAACGCGCGACGACGACGAGUACUCGAAGACGUACGACGUGAUACCAUACGAUCCGCCGUUUGUCCACUCGCACGCGCUGAAUUUUGAACUCGGGUGCAACGAUUUCUCGUCCGCUUGUCAAGCGCAUUUCAUGUACAUGUCCAUGUUAACAUCGAGCGUUAUCCUCCGCCCGACGAAAGAAACCACCGAAAUGCUCUCGGAGCGAUACUUUGAGAACCUCCACCAAGUGCGCUCGCCAACAGUCAUCCUUCAAAUCCGUCAAUCGGACAAGAAAGGAGAGGAUCCGUACUACAACGUCUUUGGUGGCUACCGAGCGGUGACGCGAUACAUCUCUGCGUUAAAAAUACUCGCAGAAAGCACGAAAAAAUGCUGGAAAACCAUCUUUGUCAUGACCGAUUCUGGUCAAGUCAUUAAAGAAGUUCGCCAACGGUACGACCGAGGAGAGAUACUCUUGUGCGGCGAUAAACCAAUCUUGGUUUUUAGCAAACAUGCCGCGGAAAUGGACUUGGACGUCCCCGUCUUUGCUUGGGCUUUGCGCGAAAGCUCCAUGAACGAGGCUAAAGGCAACAAAAGGUCCCCAUUCACCCGCGAACGCGCGUUCGUCGCCGAACUGUUACUCGCGGCAAAAAUCGGCGACUUUGUCCUCGGCGACGGCAGCUCGAACAUCUACUUGACCUUACUCGAACUCAUCGCCAGUCGCAAACGCGUCGCGGACCUCCCGCAACUCGUCAAGGCCACUCCAGCUAAGUUCCUCAAGACUUACGAGACGAAAGCCUACUUCACGAGCCAAUCGAGAUGCGAAAACUUCGACCCGGCUUCGCACUCGUGCUUCUGGGUCUCCUCCUUGGGCGCCGCGCCGUUGCUCGGAUGGUACUCGGUCUUGUUGAACCAACCGUUCGUGAAUGGAAUGCCCGUCGUGCUCGAAUACGCCAGGGUCCACCGAGACGAGUGGUUGAAUGAAGAAUAA